AUGCCGUCAAAAUUCAACUUUCGACAAAAAGUCUUCGAUCUCCUUUUCGGGGCUCAUCGCAAUGAACUCCAGCAGGUGUCUAACAUGGUACAAGACUUUCUGGAUGGCCGCAUGACUCGUGACGAACUCGAAGAAAAGUACAGUGACUCACGCAAAAAACCUCCCAAGCUGCCAACUCUCGCGGUCAGUGACCUUAGUACGAAGCAAGUCGAGAAGAUGCUUCAUCUACAACCAACCGAAGACGAUGAGCUUGCACAUGUCCCUCCCAUCCCGACCCCGGCGGAACUUAAGAGUGUCUUGUUAAAAGUUGAUGCCGCUCGUUCGGAAAGUCCACUCAAUGAAGCCAGCAUUCGCUGGACGCUCGAUUUGCUACUCGUUUAUGCUCACGCUAUCGCCACUUCUGGUCAACCAGACGCCGGUCAACGGAUUGGUAUACAGACAGAAAGGCACUGGGUGUUUGAACCGGUCAGACAUGAGCAGAAGAAGUUUGCUCUUGUUGGAAAACCAGACUAUGCAGUCUGGUAUGGCAAAGUCGAUGACACAGCGGUAAACAUCGUCGUCGUCGAAGCGAAGUCGAUCGGUUCUGCAGGUAAAGGCAUUCCCCAAUGCCUUGGCUACAUGGGCAUGGUUCACCGACUUCGACAGCGCGAGAAGAAGAAAAACUGUACUGUGUACGGUAUGGCGACUGAUGCGCAAGCAUUCUUCUUUCUCAAGAUCGACGAAAAGUCAAAGUGGUCCAUGGUUUCGGCUGUAGCUCUUACUGGCAAAUUCAACCAUGUUCUUGGCAUGCUGGUAUAUCUUCUGCGAAAGGCGAGUGAGGCGUCUCCCACACACUCCAAGCAAUCUUCCGCCCAGUCACACACCAAGGAAAGAUCUGGGGGGUCUCUAUAUGCAACUCAGGACUAUGAAAUGGGGAAUACGUAA